CCCGCAUCUCGACCACUCUCCUCUCAUCGCAGCUCCACCCUCCACACAAGCCCGGCAUGCGUCUCGCGCUCGCGCUUCUCUCGCUCUCGGCGCUGCUGCCCGCGGCGCACGGCUUCGUCGACACCAAGCCGCUGCUGGCGUGGACGUCGCACGCCUCGGCGCUGCUCGACCCGGCCGCGCACCAGCAUGCCGGCCCUGCUGCCGACCCGCGCGCAAUCGCCAAGGGCCUGACGCGUGACCUGUCGGCGCUGUGUGGGCUCGACGGUGUGGCGAUCGUCGAGGUGCAGGACCUCGACCACGAGACGUUCCCGUCGAUGCACAGCUCGCACCCGCUGCGUGCGCGCGCCGUGGGUGCGCCGGCGCAGCUGUCGUUUGGCCAUGUCGACGAGGCGCCGGGCCAGUCGGCGGCCGAGAUCGCACGCGCCAUCCUCAAGGCGUGCGGUGCGGAGCGCAAGGGCGCGUGGACGCUGGCGGGCGAGGAGGCGAAGCAGAAGCAGGUGAUGCGCAUCAGCGUGGCCGCCCAGGAGCAGGAUGACGUGCUUGCGCAGUUCACCAGCUCCAACCCGCGCCACCUCGUCGUCGUGGCGUCGGCACCGCGGGCCAGCCGGCUGGCGAAGCGCGCGGCCAAGAGCGACAGCGACCUGCCGCCGGGCCUGUUCCACCGCUACCAGUUCCUCACGAGCGGCCUGCUUCUGGCCAUCCUCGUCGUCGUCUUCCUCCUCGUGCCGAUCGCCUACUUCUCCACGCUGCUGCUGGCCGACAUCCAGGCGCCGGUCCCGCGGCGCCCUAUGGAGCAGGCCAAGAAGAGCCAGUAG